GUAAAGAUACCAUCAACGAUACCCACAAAAAACCUCUAGGGGAGGGUGGAGAGACUGGAGACAUCAUUCCAGGUAAAUCGAUUGUGUUUGCAACACUCGAGGUAUGCUUGUGCACACUUAUCCGACAACUUCCGGCGCUUAAUCCCGCAAUGCCGACAAAUUCUGUAUUGACAAAACAGAGAGCUGGUCUUUCUGAAGAAGCCAACCAGCUAAUUUCCGAAACACUCAAUGUAAUGACAACAUUACCAGCGCUGUGUUCGCCAAAAGGAAGUGUCUCUGUGUUGCCAACUAUUCUUUUCCUAACAACUGGUGUCCUACGUGAAACAGCCUGCGCCUCACCUGACGGUGCAGAUGUGUCUAGUGAUGUUGAUAUGUGUAGUAUGCUGUUAGCCCUUGCUGUCUUCAUUACAUCAGCUCCUGCCAAGGUUUCCAUGACGACAUCACUCCAAAACCAAACAAUAGAGGUCUUCAAACAAGCUUUUCAUUCUGAUAGACUCACAUUACGCCUAAAAUGUCUGCAAACACUCAGCUCUAUUUUUCAUUGUCCAAACCACGAUGUCAGUGCGCCGUACAUUCACGCAAUUGGUCCCAAGAUUGUGGAAUAUUUGCACAAUAUGAGUGGCAAUCAACGUGAUACUGAAGACGAGGUGCUUGUAGCUAUCGAAGCUUGUAAGACACUAGAGCUGCUCGUUAGCAUAACAGAAGAGGCUUUCAGAGUUCAGUUACUCGCUGUUUAUUUGCCAAUUUUGAUUGGCUUCUUAAUAGAGAGUGCAGAGUUAACAACAGCAAGCAAAUCUGCCAGAUUACUUCACGACCAUUCUCUUCAGCGUCUGAUGAAAAUUGCUCCACUCUAUCCAGGUUCAUUUAAAACUGUCAUGGGCGCAGUUCCACAACUAAAGACUAAACUUGAGGGUGCUAUCAGAGCUAAUCAAGCCAUGUUGGCUAAGAAGCCAGUGCGUAAUGCUAAACAACAAGUGAAAGUUUCAAUGCAAACAGCACCAAGUAUUAAGCUGAAAAAAGACUUCAGUAAUUUUAAUGGAUAACAUUUGGGUUGUAUGUAGGUAGACACUCAUGUUCCCUUAUUUUUCCAUAAACAUUGAUAAUGUACCGUAAUUUCAUAUCCAGAAUUAAAUUUUGAUGCAUUAUUCUUAAAAUGAUAUUUUCUGUACCCAACUUGAAAACUAAAGAAUUUGAAAGGUUGUUCUGGCCUUGGUCCCACAUUUUAUGUGCUUAUCUGUAUGCAAAGAAUGCUAUCACUAUUAUAAUGCAGUGUUUUUACACUGCUAGAAUUAUGAAUAAUGCAAAACUAAAUGUGAUAAUCCUCCCCU